UGGAAGGAGGGUGAGUGUCCCGUGGGGUGUCGUGUACACAGGGUGGAUGGUAGCUGCCAUCCCUUUCCUGGGUUUCCUUUAAAAAAAACAGGCAACUCUCUCAUUAAGAUGUAAUCCAUGUUCCGUACCAUCCGCCUGGUAUAUGGACUUCAAAGUGGAUACGAACUUGUCCCUUCAGGACUCUUUAUGGAGAAUCUCCUAAGUGUUCAUCAAGCUUUGUGUUGGUGACUUGGAUUCCUGGGAAAUAAAGGUCCUGCCUCCGUGGGGAAGACAGGUAUGAAACGGCCACUGAGCCCAUCCCCCUCAAGUGAGAAGGAGCCCCCCACAACUGCAGCAUCUGAGUGUCCCCCUCACUCUCCAGAAUCAUCGAAGCCUAAGAGGGAAAGGAAGCAGCCUUCCUACACGCUCUGCGAUGUCUGCAACAUCCAGCUGAACUCUGCUGCCCAGGCCCAGGUGCACUGCGGGGGACGCGCCCACCAGCGGAGGCUUCGGCAGCUCAGCCUGGGCAAGACCUCCACAGGGCCAGCAGGCCUGGCCUCCAGCGCCCCCAGCCCCCUGCUGGCCUCCCUGACCCUGCCCACCCGGCCUCUGCAAACUCCGUUGGACUUCAAGCACUUGCUCGCCUUACACUUCAAUGGCGCCACCCCACUCAGUCUCUUCCCCAACUUCAGCACGAUGGACCCAGUCCAGAAAGCUGUCAUCAGCCACACGUUUGGGGUCCCCUCCCCGCUGAAGAAGAAGCUGUUCAUCUCCUGUAACAUCUGUCACCUGAGGUUCAACUCAGCGAACCAGGCUGAAGCUCAUUACAAGGGCCACAGACAUGCCAGAAAACUCAAGGCUGUAGAAGCUGCCAAGGGCAAGCAGAGGCCUCGAAACCUGACCCCAAAUGGGACAGUGGCAUCUUCAGCCUCACCUCCAGCCAGCGGAGGCCCCGGAAGCCCACAGAGCAAAGGUCCUGCAUCCCCUCCCCUAGGCCCUUCACUUGAGCUAUCACCGACCCCAGACACAGCAGCCAGAGAGCCAGCCCACUCAGACCUCUCGGAUGCUGCUGCUUCCUCUUCCUCUUCUUCCUCUUCCUGCCCACCCUGCUCCCUGGAUCCUGGCACAGAAGCCCCAGGGCUUGAGCCAGCAGAAGUGGCUGUGGGAAGUGGAGUGAACGGGGAAGGCAGGAGUGAAAAGGGGUGCCUCUACUGCCCUACAUGCAAAGUGACAGUAAACUCGGCCUCGCAGCUUCAGGCUCACAACACAGGAGCUAAGCACCGAUGGAUGGUGGAAGGUCAUCAAGGGGCUCCCCGAAGGGGCCGGGGACGUCCUGUGUCCAACCGGGCAGUGGUUGGACACAAGACAAAGAGAGUGAUAGGAAAUCAUGGGGGCCGGCAGGGACCCAGCCCUCCUUUCCAUUGUGCCCUCUGUCAGCUCCAGGUCAAUUCAGAGACCCAACUCAAGCAGCAUAUGAGCAGCCGGCGACACAAAGACCGGCUGGCUGGGAAGCCCCCCAAGCCCUCCAGCCAGCAAAGCAAAUUGCAGAAACAGGCAGCACUGGCUGUGAAUGUCCUCAAGUCUAAAUUGGCCUUGCAGAAGCAACUCACAAAGACACUGGCAGCCCGCUUCCUGCCCAGUCCUCUGCCCACCGCAGCUGCUGCCAUCUGUGCCCUGCCUGGGCCCCUGGCCCUCCGGCCUGCUACAACAGCAGCUGCUACCCUCUUCCCAGCUCCCGUCCUGGGCCCAGCUCUGUUCCGUACUCCAGCAGGAGCUGUCCGUCCUGCUGCGGGACCUAUCCUUUUUGCUCCCUAUUAGUGGUCCCAGGCUGGCCACAUCCUAUAUUUUCCUGGCAAGCCCUUGUCUCCACAUCCCAGAGACUCUUUUGCAGUUUCCGGGGGGAAACCAGGGGGAACUUUUCUUCACUCAGACUGCGGUUUUUCCAGUCCCCUGGGUCUGAGGACCAUUACUACCCUCUUUUACUGGGCCAGUCCUGGGCUCCCGGCAUCUGUGGCUCCACGAAUCCCAAAGAUCUAUGCAAAAUCACAGCCCCAGACACAUGGUGCUCUCAUACCCCCACCCCAAGCAGACUUAGACAGUGCUGACUCCACUUCUUAGCUCCUACAAGCCAGCCUCUCCUGCGUGUUCUGGGGCCCUCUCAACAACCACUGGAGCUAGGGAUCUCACACUGAUGUGGGCUGCAACCCAUCAGACAGGCUUACCGUGGGGUAGCCAGGUGUGGUGGUGCAUGCCUAUCCUGGCAUCUGGAUCAGUUCGGUUUGGGCCAUAUAGCUAGAUACUGUCUCAAAACAAAAACAGAAGUUGACCAUGGGGUAUGGCAAAGAACCACAGAGACAAGAGACCCCCAAAAUCCUUCAAAGAAGUACUGUGAAAGUGAGGCUGAGUUGGGGGGAAGUCCCAUCUCCUCUGUAGGGGUGAGGCUAGAAGGUGCGAGUGUUCUUCAGGCUGGACCUGACUGUGUAGCUCUGGCUGGUCUGGAAUUAUGUAGACCAGGCAAACUCAAGAGAUCCACUUGCCUCUGCUUCUUGAAUGACGAGAUUAAAGGUGUGGACCACCCUGCCUGACCCUGGCCUUGCUUUAACAGAAGUGACCUGUCUUAUCACAGCUGUCCUUCGAACCUUUCAGUGACUUCUGCUUGAACUCCACCCGGGGGGAGGCUCUGGGUCUCCCUCAGCCUAGGGACUCUCCACUGUUUCCAAUUGUGGAGCCCAGGGCUGGCACACAGUCCUAUAUGCCAUCAAAUCCACUUUCACAUUGCCAAAGCCAGUGUCGCUCCCCCACUCAAUAUGGGACUUUGCCAGUAUCUACUUGUAUCUUUUUUUUUUCUGGAAAGAUAUUUCCAAUGGGACAAGAAAAGGGGCGGGGGAGGGAAACUUUUUGAUAACAGCAGUCGUGGUUUUAUUGUGUCCAACACAUUAAUAAAUGAACUUCAAGCCUGA